GGCGGGCCGGUCGCAGCUCCCCCGAUGCGAUCGCCGAUAGCCCACCUGCUCCAAAGACAAGUACUCGCUGCCAAGCGGGCCACCCCCUUCGCCAACCUUCCCCUGCCGGCGCUCAGAUCCGCCGCCCCGCACCACACCCGGCAGCAACCACGACAAGCGGCCCGGCGCGCGGCAAGCUCCCUCCCACCCUUCCCACCAUGCCGGGUCUGGUCGCCUACUCGGGCGCCGGGCUGGGCCUCCUGGCCCUCGCCGCGCUCGAGUCCCUGCCCCUCCGCGUCCCGCCGCUCCGGUUCCUCCCGCGCCGCCUCUCCACGCCGCUGCACCUCCGCCACCUCGUUGCAGCGGCCCUCUCCGCGCUCUGCCUCGUCUCCGCUCUCGUCUCCGCGCACCACCUCUCGCUCCCCACGCUCGCCGCCUCGGCGCUCUUCCUCCUCUACUCCCUCGCGCCCUUCGUGCCGCUCGCCGCGCCGCUGCCGUUCCCGCUCCUCGACCUCCUCCUCGCCGCGGCCUUCGCGCAGGAGCUGCUCCUCUUCGCGCACCGCCGACCCUCCACCGCCGCCGGGAUCGAGAACCGCUACUUCGACCUGCUCCUCGUCCCCAUUGCGCUCUGCCUCGGCGCCACGCUGCUCGCCGCGCACCGCCCAGGGGAGCCCACGCCGCGGCUCGCCCGCGCGGCGGGCCUGGCGCUGCAGGGCACGUGGAUGCUGCAGAUGGGCUUCUCCUUCUUCACCAGCGCCAUCGCGCAGGGCUGUGCGCUCCACGCCGCCAGCCGCGCCGACUACACCAUUAAGUGCCGCACCCACGAGGAUUACCACCGCGCGCGGUCUGUUGCCACGCUGCAGUUCAACGGCCACCUCGCGCUGCUUGUGAUCGCCGGCGCGGCCACUUAUGCGGCAGUCCUCUCCAGGGCAAACCGACCCCCGAGAGGGUAUAGUGUUCUGGGCAAGGAGGUGCAGAUGGAGGGGAUGCCGAUUAUGUCACAGUUCACACUGGAUUCGGAUGAGGAGAAGGAAGACGAAGCGAUCACCUCUACAGUAGCUCCAGUGGCAAAUGGCGCAGAGUCUCAUGACGAGAUCCCACUGCACGAACCUGAUUCCAAGUGACGGAGAUGAAAUUUGGGCUGUUCUUCUGUCGAUUAGCCAAGUGGAGGAGGAUGUCAACAGAGCUGCAGUACACUGGGGCUCCAUGCUUGUGUGUUUUGAUUAGAUGUUCUACUCUGUGAAUUUGGAUGAAAAUUGGCUGCUAUAAUUAGCUUGGCAUUGCCCCAAAUCCUCCUCUCCUAGGGACAACUGCCACUGGCCACACUUGGGAGGAGCAUUUGCUGGGAUUGAUGUGAACCAAUCUACCAAUUCUCAGCUGCCUGUGAAUACUGGUGUUCUGGUAUGGGUGAUACAUCCAUGACCAUGGUGGCAUCAGUUGGCCCCAUCCAAUACACAGUGUAGCAUGGUGACUUUGCUGACUUUAGAUCAUCAAAUGAGUUGAAAGUUGAAACGUAUCCCUGUGGUGGAUGGGAUAUAGGGCAGCCAAACAGUACAUGACAUUGUUAACUUCUUUCAAGUGAAUCGGUGGUAGUUUGUGCCUAGGUAUUUGGUUUCUGAAGCAUUUUGGGUGCUGUGAACUGCAUUGUACGUUCUUGUGUGGAUGCUGGGUUUGUGAGUUGCGCCUUAAAAUCAAGAUCCAUUGGGACUAA